CCAAUAUUAUGCUCUCAACCAUGGAUAUUCCAAAAGCUCACUUCUCUUUAGCCAUUCUUGUCAUUCUCUUUGCGGUUUCAAGUUGCCAAAAUGUUUGCAACCCGGCCUGCAAGGCUAAAGAACCAUUCGACUGUGACAAUCCUCUAACAUUCAAUCGAACUGGUUUUCCAAACAACUUCACUUUUGGUGCGGCUACUUCCGCGUACCAAAUUGAAGGUGCUGCACGUAGAGCAUUUAAUGGCUGGGACUAUUAUACUCAUCGAUAUCCAGAAAGAGUUCCCGAUCGUAGUACGGGUGAUCUUGCUUGCAAUUCUUAUGAACUUUAUAAGGAUGAUGUCCAAUUACUGAAAAAGUUGAACGUCCAAGCAUACCGAUUCUCGAUAGCAUGGUCAAGGGUUUUACCAAAGGGAAGCUUGAUUGGAGGAAUCGACGAGAACGGGAUAAAAUACUACAAUAACCUCAUCAACGAAUUAAAAGCAAAUGGCAUAGAACCCUACGUGACAAUAUUCCACUGGGAUGUUCCCCAAACUCUAGAAGAUAAGUAUGAAGGUUUCUUAAGCCCGCUUAUAGUUGAAGAUUACAAAAACUAUGCGGAGCUUCUAUUUCAAAGAUUUGGGGAUAGAGUAAAAUUUUGGAUCACAUUUAAUCAACCUUACUCUUUCGCAACAAAAGGUUAUGGAGAUGGGUCGUAUCCACCGGGCCGAUGCACCGGCUGUGAAUUUGGAGGAAAUUCUGGAACCGAGCCUUAUGUAGUCGCACAUCACCAACUCCUAGCUCACGCAAAAACAGUGUCUAUAUACCGAGAGAAAUAUCAGAAAUUACAAGGUGGUAAAAUAGGAACAACUCUGAUCGGGAGAUGGUUCGUCCCAUUAGAUAAACUUAGCAUUCGUGACAAUGCUGCUGCAAAACGAGCAUUUGAUUUUUUCGUUGGAUGGUUCUUGGAUCCAUUGGUGUAUGGUGAUUAUCCACUGAUAAUGAAAGUUCUCGUAGGGGAGAGGUUACCAAGAUUCACUCUUCAAGAAUCAGAAAUGGUUAGAGGAUCUCUUGAUUUUCUAGGUUUGAACUAUUACGUUUCACAAUAUGCAACCGACGCACCUCCUCCUCUUCCUUCGCAACCCAACGUAUCAACCGAUCCACGAGUUACUCUCAGUUUCUAUCGUAACGGAAUUCCUAUUGGUGUUCAGGCUCCUAGCUUCGUCUACUAUCCUCCUGGAUUCCGUAAUAUUUUAAACUACAUCAAAGAGAAAUACAAAAACCCACUUACCUACAUUACUGAAAACGGAGUUGCUGAUUUUGGGAAUCUUACUCUUGCGGAUGCUCUUGCCGAUAAUGGACGAAUUCAAUGCCAUUGUAGUCAUCUUUCUUGUCUCAAAUGCGCCAUCGGGGAUGGAUGCAAUGUAGCAGGAUAUUUUGCAUGGUCAUCGAUGGACAACUACGAAUUCGGAAACGGUUUUACCCUCCGGUUCGGUAUGAAUUGGGUCAACUUCACCAAUCCUGUUGAUAGAAGACAGAAAGACUCCGGCAAAUGGUACUCUACGUUCAUCGCUAACUAAUAGGAAGGGGACCUUUCUAUUUAAGUUAAUUUCUUAUAAGAAAAAAAUCCUAAAUAAGUAAGUGUAUAAGAUAAGCUGGGUUUUAAUUCUAUACUCAUUAGCCGUUAUAAUGAGGAA